AUGACGCAGUCGCAAACCCAAGAGAUGACCCUCCACCUGGUGGGAUUGGGUGUCACCCACUCCAUCGCCUAUAGCAUGCACAAUUAUAUUGCAAAAUCCCUCGGCCUCCCUUGGAAAUUCUACUCAACAGAAUGUCCCACAAUUGAUGACCUACUCAAGCUUGCCAACACACCCACCACAGCCGGUUUGGUGGUGACCAUGCCAUACAAAAACUCGAUCAUGAAACAUGUUGAUGAACUGGAUGAGCUGUCUACCAUGAUUGGGGCCUGCAAUAAUAUCUAUUACGAGGGUAGUGCCGCACGGCUUAUGUGUGGCACCAACACAGACUGGCGCGGGAUCAAGGGUUGUCUGCUGGAAAAAGGAAAUGAGAACGAGAGGCCAUCGGCGACUUCACCUGCCACGGCCUUGAUUGUGGGAGCUGGAGGCGCAAGCCGCGCAGCAGUCUAUGCCCUGUCGCUGCACUUGCACUGUCCGACGAUUUACGUUCUGAACCGUGACGACCAGGAAGUUACCGAUCUCAUUCGCGAUACGCAAAAACUGGGCAGGGUCCCGACGAUUAUCCACGUGAAAACACCCGAACAGGCAAAGGAGCUACCCAGCCCGUACUACAUCGUUGGAACAGUUCCUGAUUUUGAGCCGCAGACUGAGACUGAGGUCACAGUGGCUGAUGUGCUUGAGUCAUUCCUGUCGCGGGCGGAAAAGGGUGUUCUGUUGGACAUGUGUUUCAAACCGCGGAGGACAAGGAUGAUCAAGCUGGGCGAGAAGCUGGGAUGGCCUUGUGUGGAGGGAACGCAUAUUAUCGGGUACCAGAUUGAGGAGCAGUGGCGUUUGUGGGCUGGGGAGGAAUAUGUCCUGAAACUGGACCGGGAGGGCGCAUGGGAUGUCUUGCUCAAGGCAGCCGAAGAGAGCAAAGGGAUCAACUUCUAG